UAGAAGAAAAAGUAGUGGUAAUACCAAAUGCAUUUGCAUUUGCGGGUAUCUCCGUGCGGAUGUUGUUACAGCUCGAUCAUCGUUGAUGGAGAGAGAAGAAGAUGACUUCGUUGUUGAUUUUCCACUGUCAGUUUCACUAGUAUCUCUGAUGCGCAGGCGGAUGUGAGCUGGUCGAUGAGAAACGGUUGAAGUUCCAUCUGGAAUUGGUGCUGGAAUCUGCAGAAGCCUUUUGAAAGCUGGAUGCAACAAUUGUGCGACUGUGAUCGAUUGCCUCGUGGUUGAGUAGCGAUGCUGCUUUCUUAUUCAACGAGAUUUAUCACGAGGAUAAAUAAUUUAUUUCUUCAAUAUUUUUCGAUUCAAGUUUCUCGAGUAUUAAAUGCUGCCAGCAACGUGUUCACAUGGAGAUGGAUGGAUAGGGGGGAUUGCAGGGGUGGGCGGGGUUGGCGUUCAUUAAAUGCAAAGUGAGAAUCAAAAUAAAUACAAGCAGCGGAAAUGGUUUGACCGGCGAUGAUUUCCGAAAAAGAGGCUGCUAAUUCUUCUUCGUCGUCGUCGGCGGCGGCUGCGCGGGAGGUUGAUCCUUUGCUGAAGGAUCUGACGGAGAAGAAGCAGACCUUUCGCCGGAGCGUGGUGUCGCUAGCGGCGGAGCUCAAGGAGGCGCGCAGCCGCCUCGCUUCUCAAGAGCUGGCAUUCGCCAAAGAAACACGAAGUAAACAGGAAGUUGAAACAAAAGCAAAGAACAUGGAGAAGGAGAUAGAUAGGUUGGAGAAGAGCAUAAAGGAGAGAAAUUCUCAGCUGCAGGCUUCAACAUCUGCUGCUGAAACGUAUGUAAAGGAAUUGGAUGAUCUAAGACUGCAGCUUUCAGCAGCACAAGCGACUGCAGAGGCGAGCGCUCGUGCUGCACAAUCUGCAGAGCAGCGGCGUUCUGCGCUGGCGAAGGAGUUGGAAGAAAAGAAUUGGUCUCUGAAAGAGCAAGAGGGUCGUGUAAAUAAACUGGCAGAGCAAUUAGAACUACUACAGAAGGAUCUCCAUGCCAGGGAAGUUUCCAAUAUGCAGUUGAGAGAAGAAGUCAAAAGAAUCGAGUAUGAAAUCAUGCAGUCAGUUGCAAGGGCCGGGGAAGAUAUAGAUGGCGAGCUUCGCAAGAUUCUAGAUGAGUCGUCCCUGAAACAUAUCGAAAAGCUAAGCAAGCUUUUCUCACUAAAGGAUGAGGAAAUUGAUAGACUCAGAGAUGAAAUAAAGAUUAUGUCUUCCCAUUGGAAGCUCAAAGCUAAAGAGCUCGAAUCUCAGCUAGAGAAGCAUCGUAGGGCGGAUCAGGAGUUGAGAAAGAAAGUUGUGAAAUUAGAAUUCUAUCUUCAAGAAGCUCGAGCUCAAACUCGCAAGCUGCAACGAACGGGAGAAAGAAAAGAUAAAGCAUUAAAGGAGCUAAAGGAUCAAUUAGCAGCCAAAAAACAGGCUGCAAAUAGUGACAAGAAACAGAAUUUCUGGGAUACAUCAGGCUUCAAGAUUGCGAUCUCAAUGUCGAUGCUGAUCAUGGUAAUGUUCUCAAAACGGUAAUAUAUAUCCAACCUUUCUGUCUUGUACAUUUUGAUCCAACGGCUUACGGUUAGUGUAGACAUUGAGUAGUAGUAGUUGAGUAGCUGGGGUACCCCCCCCCACCUCCCUGUUUCUUCUUGGUAGUAAUUAGAUACAUAAUUGUAGGGUCACUUUCAAUGUUGAAUCUCCCUCAAUUAUAUAAAAGGAAGAGGUCGGCAUUGAAGGGCCAUAACUGAAAAUGAAAGUAUGGGUAUUGCCAUAUUCAUACUUCCAUUUGAAUAAUAAUUCUUUCAUUAAUUUAUAUGUGAUAUGCAUGUAAAUGAUGUCUAUUCUACAUUUAUGAACAUUAAAAUUAUGCA